AUGGCGCAGGCACAGUCACAGCAGCCUCCUUCUCAACAUUCUCCUCAAUAUCCUCCAAGCCAGCCGUUUUCGCCUCCCGUCUCAACUCCGACUCCUCCAGCGAUUGGCAUUAAUCCCCCUCCUCCCAAACGGCAACGGCUCUCUCCUCUUCCACAAACACAGUCGCCUUAUGGAUCGCCUGGGUUCAGCGCAUCGCAGCUACCUCAAGCGCACCCUGCAGGAAUGAACGGAGUUCAGAUGAACGGCACGUCGACUCCCGGCCAUCUUCCGAGCGCUACUCUUGUCCCGCUCGCGCCCGUUGCGUCUGCACCUCCUGGCUCUAUGGGUCCACCAUCUCGACCAGCCGAUAAGCCGACGGAUGCUUCAGACUUGAGCGAUGUUUUGGCGCAAUCUGGUAUUGAUGUCAAGGAAGAAGAGGCUUACUUGACACAGAGCUACGCGGCUCCCGUAGUAGCGCCGCGGCCACAGCCACCCGGGCUAAAUACAUCUUUUGCGUCGGCUCCAUCAACUCCAGGUACUGCAUCAGCAAAUGUCAGCUUCGAUUUGCCCCAAGGAAGACCGCCGGCAACACAGGAGCAACAGAUUGUGCCAGCAUACUCGGAGGAUGCGCCAUACAAUCAACCGACCUACGAAGAGACACAGGCAGCGAGGAGAUCUCAAUAUCACUUGCAGGAUCCAUUUCUUCUCACAAAAGUACUCGAGCAAAAAAUGCAAAAACGGGCGUACGAACUUGGUGUGCGGCUUCCAACGGACGGUCUCUAUCAUCCCAUGCCGGGCUCUCGUCAACCAAUCGAGGUGACAGGUCCGGACGGUUCCUCCAUCGUCCGCAGAGGGCACACUAUCAUCAAUCAAGAAGGAGCACCUCUUGUUGACAUUCUGUCGCUCAUGUCACUUUGCUGUGAGGAGCGGCUGAGGGGCGUCAUUGAAUACUCUGCUAGUUUAUCGAAGAGUCGACGAUUGCAUUCCGACGGUGCCGUUCCUACUGAGUGGCAAGAGCUGGCUGUAACGACUCCAAAGGUUUCGGAGUCUGUUACAUGUACUCCCUUGAAGCGGCCACAUGCUGCAGUCGACACCGUUUCUCAGUCAUUGGCUGGCAAAUAUCUUAUCUUAUCAACAAAAGACCUGUCUGCCGAGCAAGCUCGUGCCGCUAAACGGGCAAAACGAAAUGCGGAUGCUAUAAUCAGCGAGACGAACGGCGGCAGCAGAACACCGUCGAUAGACGUGGGCUCGGGCGCUACCACACCACUAUCUCAAGUCGCAAUGGGUCUCGAUAAAAAGGGAGUCGCCAAAAAGGAAGCGAAGAAACAAUUGGAUGCCCGAGCCACUGAAGCUCAGCAGCAUCAACAAUCCGUCGAGACUGCCCGCAAAGCUCUAUCUAGUACGCUCUUCGGAGGGUCAAAGAAGCGAAACUAUUCCUGGUUAAACAAGGGUUCCGCCGUGAAUAGCAUGUCAUCGCCACGACCUCAUUCUCCUGCUCUUGGCAGUCCCAGUAUCGGUACGGUCGGCGGAGCCGACACAGGCGAAAAGAAGCGCCCCGACAGCACUGCAACAGCAGAAAUAGCUCGAUUAGGUGACUGGCAUGAAGAUACAGCCAGCGGAAUACAAGUGCGAGACAUUUUAUUCUUGCUCGAACACGACGGGAGAGGUUCGAGACACGUUCAAAAAGCUUACAGCAAAGAUCCUCCGGACGAACGACUUUCUUGA